GUCGUGCGCUGACCUCACGCCGCGCGUCGACUCAGAGUGUCGUAAAGCUUCCUCCUGUCCAUGUGAUGCUACAGGCUGGGAGCGCGGCUAGGUUUGGGAGCUAGUGUGUGUCGGGACAGACCCUCAGCCUGUGUGCAGACCUCUCAGGGUGCUUUAACCUUUUAAACAGGACCUCGUUUCAAACAUGGAGGCAGCAGAUGAGUUCAUGAAGUACAGGUCCCCGCUGGUGUCCAGGUAUGCCAGCAAGGAGAUGGCCUACAACUUCAGUGACAGGAAGAAGUUCACCACCUGGAGGAAGCUGUGGAUCUGCCUGGCUAAAGCUGAGAAGGCUCUGGGUCUGCCCAUCACCGACGCUCAGAUCCAGGAGAUGGAGACCCACGAGAAGGACAUCGACUUCGCCAUGGCGGCCGAAGAGGAGCGAAAACUGCGACACGACGUCAUGGCUCACGUCCACACCUUCGCACACUGCUGCCCGUCAGCUGCUCCCAUCAUACACCUGGGCGCCACGUCCUGCUACGUGGGAGACAACACGGAUCUGAUUAUGUUGCGUGACGGCUUCGACAUCGUCUUGCCGAAGCUGGCCCGGGUCGUCGACAGGCUGGCAAACUUUGCAGAGAAGUACGCCGACCUCCCCACGCUCGGCUUCACGCACUACCAGCCCGCCCAGCUGACCACCGUGGGGAAGCGUGCGUGUCUGUGGCUGCAGGAUUUGGCCAUGGACAUGCGCAAUCUGCAGCGAGCCCGCGAUGACCUGCGGUUCCGGGGGGUCAAGGGGACCACGGGGACCCAGGCCAGCUUCCUGCAGCUGUUCCAGGGUGACCACGACAAGGUGGAAGACCUGGACCGGAUGGUGACAGAGAUGGCCGGCUUCAAAAAAGCCUACCUGGUGACCGGGCAGACGUACUCUCGUAAGGUGGACGUGGACUGUGUUUCCUGCCUGGCCAGUUUGGGAUCGACAGUUCACAAGAUCUGUACAGAUAUCCGCCUGCUCGCCAACCUGAAGGGGAUCGAGGAGCCGUUUGAGAAGAGC